AUGAGGGCAGAGGUGAUUGAGAAGGCUUAUGCUGCGUCUUGGAAAGCUCACAAGUCACCAGACAGACCUUACCUUGUUGAAAAGAUCAGCAGAAACGAGGCUUCAGAAGUUAUCAUCUGUUUUCCUGGAUCAGAUGCUGUCAAGGAUUGGUACUCUCAGAGAAACUUUGGUGAAACCAAAAUAGAUCUUCGCCUCUUUCCCUCACUCAGAAGCAUUGGUAACGAUGAACCUGCUUUGGUCAACGAAGCCUUCUCAAAAAGAUUCCAAGACAUUUUGUUGGCUAGACCAUCACUUGCAGAUAAGAUAGAGGAAGCUACAAGUAAAAAGAAGCAAAUAGUGUUUGCUGGACACUCUUCUGGCGGUGCAGUGGCAAUUCUGGCAACCCUCUGGACCUUAGAAAAAUACAAAACUCCAAAAUCCCAUGGGGGUAUCCCUCCCCUCUGUGUAACCUUUGGUUCACCCUUAGUUGGGAAUCACAUAUUUUCCCAUGCCACAAGGAGAGAAAAUUGGUCUAAAUACUUCUUUCACUAUGUGAUGAGAUAUGACAUAGUGCCACGUAUCCUCUUUGCUCCACUCUCUUCCCUUGACCAAUCAUUUGAACAAAUUUCACAAUCCUUCAACCCCAGAUCCAGGUCUUUCAUGAGCGACUCAGUGGGAAGAGCCAGUGCGACUACAACAUCAGAUUUCUACUUUACCAUAAUGUCAAAUGCUGCAACUGUCACAAGUCAUGCUGCUGCUAAGCUAAUGGGCAGCACAGAUAGCACAUGGGAAACUCUGGCAAAUUUUAUUCCCUUAAGCCCUUAUAGACCCUUUGGAACUUACUUUUUCUGCACAGGAAAUGGAAAGUUAGGGAAGAAAAUUGUGAUAACAAACCCAAAUGCAGUUCUACAAGUCCUGUUUUUCUCUUCUCAAUUAAGCACUGAAGCAGAAGCUGCUCAAGUUCCCUACAGAAGCCUGACAGAACAUAAAAUUUAUGGCACCGAACUGCAACAAAUUGCAGCACAGAAUGUUGUGCACUUAGAUCAACAACAGCUCCAGAAGCUCGCUUUGUCUGAAGAUGGUGCUGGUGGCUCAAAUGCAACCAUUAACACGGCCUUAACUGACCUUGGUCUGAGCCCAAGAGCAAGAUUGUGCCUUCGCGCAGCGGCUGAAUUGGAGGUAAGAAAGUCUGAGAACGAGGAAAAGUUCAAGCAGAAGAAAGCUUUUGUCGAGCAAAGAAUAACGAAGGAACUAAGGGAAUACAGAGAAAUGUGGGAGCACCAAAGAGUAGGUUUCUACGAUGGCUUCAGGGAGCAUAAGAAACCUGAGGACUUCAAAGCAAAUGUGACGCGGCUAGAAGUAGCAGGUGUGUGGGAUGAGAUCAUUGAAAAGCUAAGAAGUUACGAACUCCCAGAUGAGUUUGAAGCCAAGAGAGAAUGGAUUGAUCUUGGAACAAGGUGUAGAGAACUAGUGGAGCCACUAGACAUUGCUAAUUAUUACCGACAUGGGAGGCAUUAUGAGGAUGAUGCCUCUUCUUACAUGGCUAGGGGAAGGCCAAAACGAUAUAGGUAUCCUCAAAGAUGGUUGGAACAUGCUGAAAGAAGGCCACAAGAACCCAACUCAGCAUCUUGCUUCUGGGCUGAGGUGGAAGAACUUCGCUACAAAACUGGUACCAGUGGUGCCUCAUGUAGAGGUGUUAAGGAAAGGGUUGAGCGUUUGGAGGCUCAGAUAAAAGCAUGGAAUGAAAAAGGAGAACUGGCUAAGGAUGUGUUCUUGGAGGGUUCUACCUUGGUGAAGUGGUGGAGAACUCUUCCUCCAGAACACAAGCAACAAUCAUGCAUUAAAAGUCUUAUUAGAGAGUGA